CAGCUGUUUGAUUAGUCCCGCCGGUUGCUUAGUAAACUAACGGAAGUGUAAACAAAAAUUCUUAUUAGAUUUUUAAAAAAUUUCGGGCAAAAAAAGUACAAAAAGUCGUCAUGGAGGGCAAGGAUAAUCGAUCGAAAGAUAAGCGUCAUAAAAUGAAGUCUCACUAUCGCAAUAAAAGCAAAUAUUGUACCACCUCUUCGUCCUCGGGUCAAGUAGAGACGGUACGUGGUUAUGUUGAUGUGGUGGAUUCAAGUGAUGAACGUUUUAUAGAUAGAAAUGAGUGGAUAAGAGGUGGCCAGAAAGUAAAAGCCGCUAAGACGUAUCCCUUGGAAUUGGAUGACUUCCCUGCUGGCGAGGAAGAGAACGAACAAAUGCGUGCGGGAGAUUUCACUUCCAUGUCUCAAUUACCCGCCGGCAUGGGUGGACAUUUUAAAUUCGCCUCCGAAAAGCAAUGGGAACAAGCGGAAAAUGAGGAAUUCCUAGACAAUACCGAAGCCAGUGAAUAUUUCACUUUAAAUUUGAAACUUUUAAAUGUGGGUCUACAAACUAUACCAUUCUACAAGCGGAUGGACUACUCAUCCUCCAUGUUUAGCAAGGAACAAUUGCAAAACAUGGAAAAAGAAGCUGAGGCUGCUGAGAAGACAUAUCAAAAUGUUUUGAAAGAACACAUCGAAAAUCCCCGUAUUAAAAUUAAUUCCGCCAGCCGUAAGACCAAUUCUGCUAAAAGUCAAAAAUCCACUAAAGCUAAAUCUCCAGAAGCUCCCGAUGAAUUGGAUGAGUUAUUAAAUAUGACCUCAGAUCAAAUGUCAAAAGUUAGUGUAAAAUCUGGUGCUAACACUCCGGCCUUGAAACCUAACACACCGGAUAAUAAAAGUGCUGCCGGCGUUAGUUCGACGGUUGCAGAAAACAAAGAUGAUAUACAACAGUGGUUGGAUAAUGUACUAGAUGAAUAAAGACAAAGGUAAUUAUGGUUAAAACUUUUACUUAGUAGAAUUUGGAAUUGUUAAAAUAAAGUAGAAGUUGGAAUUUGA